UCUACUCUGCAUAAGGGCGCAGCAAUCCAUUGACAGCUAACAAUUAGCUGCCGCAUUUCCCACAUGGCCUGGUGUUUAUUUAAACUGAGCCUGUCUCAUAACGAAAUCUACGUGCGCCUAGCCCAUGCUGUGGCGAUAAGCAGAGUUUAAUCUUACUUGCGAUGCAUUGAAUCCCAUGAUGCGGCUAUUUACGGUAUUACGGAAUGAAAACUUGCAAGUGGCCGAAGCGCUUAUAUUCUCAUUGUCACGCCUGCGGUAUCGUGUGCUGAUUUCAGCAAUACAUGUAUUUAUACGUUACAUUUAUACGGAGCCUGUUCAUACAUCUAGGCAUGUAGGCAUGUCAUUAUGACGCGGGCCAGGGCCUGCUCCAGUGCCGUCUGGGCGGCCACUUGGCUACAGUGUAGGCAUUUUCAGUUACUGGAGAGGGGUCAGUGGUGCAGAGGACAGUCCAGGGCUCCAGUCGUCACUCAUCAGUGUUUCGUUAAAAACCCUCAGUGCUCGUACCUGGGCGACGCCCAUCCCCUGAGGCAGUAGCCUAUUGAUCGGCGGGCAUACAACCAGUCUGAGUCACUCGCCAGCUGCUGCAGCCACCGACCGCCGCUCACCGUCUCACCGACCGUCUCUUACCGUCUCACCGACCGUCUCUUACCGUCUGACCGACCGCCCGUCACCGCCGCUAUGCUUCGUGCGUUCGAGGGCUCUCAGCACGCGCGCCUGUACGCCCAGUUCCGUCCGGAGCCGCCUGCGGCGCUGAUCGCUCACGUGCUGCAGUACGUCCGCCGCUCGUCACCCCUGCACCGAGCCGUGGACGUCGGUUGCGGCAGCGGCCAGAACACCCGGCUGCUGGCGCCGCACUUUGGCUCGGUCCUGGGCACGGACAUCAGCCCCGCCCAGGUGGCAGAGGCGGCCGGCAGCAGCACGAGCGGCGGCGGCGUCACCUACCAGGUGGCGCCGGCCGAGGAGAUCCCGGUGCCGGACGGAUCGGUGAACCUGGUCACCGCCUCCGUGUGCUUCCACUGGUUCGACCGGGAGCGGUUUCUGGCAGAGGUUGACCGGGUCCUGGCGCCCGGUGGAGUGAUCGCCAUCUACAGCUACAACGAGCCGUCCUUCCGACUGCCCGACGGCACUGUGUGGACCGAGCUGGACGACAUUUUCAAGGAGGUGCUGUACGUGCACCUGGCCGAUCACUGGCCGAUGCCCACACUGCUGGGGGACAUAAUGUCCAAAACCCAUGAGGCGGAGGCGAUGAUCUCCUACCCUGAGAUUCAGUGGGACGAGGAGAGCUACUUCAUUGAGCGGCCCUUCUCCUUGGAGCUCGUGCUAGGCGAGAUCGCUAGCUGGUCCGGAUACCAGGAGCUGGUGGCCGCUCGCGGAGCUGCCGACGGCGACUCGCUGCUGCGUCGGACCCGCGAGAAGAUGUGUGCCGUCAUCAACGACGCCCAGAGUCGUGGAAUCGAUGUGGCGUCAGCCACGGAGCGCCGCCAGAGCUACCUUCUGAUGGCCCGCAAACCAGCGGCCGAGUGACGGGCGACUGGUGCGGGCUGGACUGUCGCGGAGAGAGGGAGAGGAGGCGCCGACAGAGCAGAGGAGGGAGGGAGCGACACGAAUGAGCUCCGGACUGUUCGAGAGAGGAAAGGAGAGGAUGUGACGACUGAGUAGAGGGGGUGACGCGGUCCGUGUAUAGGAAUUAGCCUAGGAAAGAGAGAGGAGGUCGGGCCGAGAGAGUGUGAUUUGUUCUGUUGUUUCACGAGGAUAUGGAAUAAACCAAAUUGAAUCUG